CGUACCAGGGGGAUUGUGGGAUAGUGGCGGACGGAGCCGGGCGGCCGAGGCCCUGAAGCCGACUGCAAGGGCCCGGGACUUCGCCGCUUUGGGGAAGGGGGCGGUGGAGGAAGUGGGCCUCGGCUUCCGUCAGCCGUUGCUCAGCAUUGCGGCCUGUUGGGACCGCGGAGUAGGACGCCUUUCCUGACCAGCCCUUGCUUUCUCGCGGGGCGCCGGGCCGGCUAAACCGGGGCGACUUCUCAGCCGAGGGCCUACGCGGGCCUCGCGACCCCACCAACCUCCCUCAGCCACCUCGCCCGCGGGCCCCGGACCCCCGCCCGUCCGGCGCUGACCCCCAAAACUCUGGAACUCGUCGCUCGAGGGCCCCCCUAGGCCCGAGACGCGUGCGCGAGCCCCGGCGCAAGCGCGAGCCCCGGCCGCUGCCCCCCGCCCCCACAUACCGGGUCCCUGAUCGGGGCCGGAGCCGCCGGUGGCGGGGCGGGGGGGGCGCCCCGAUGAGCCCGGAGUGCGAGGAGCCGCCGCCCCCCCGCGCAGGGCGCCAUGUUUUGGAAGUUUGACCUGCACACGAGCUCGCACCUCGACGCGCUGCUGGAGCGGGAGGACCUCAGCCUGCCCGAGCUGCUGGACGAGGAGGACGUGCUGCAGGAGUGCAAGGUCGUCAACCGCAAGCUGCUGGACUUCCUGCUGCAGCCGCUGCACCUGCAGGCCAUGGUGGCCUGGGUCACCCAGGAGCCGCCGGCCAGCGGCGAGGAGCGGCUGCGCUACAAGUACCCCAGCGUGGCCUGCGAGAUCCUGACGUCGGACGUGCCCCAGAUCAACGACGCGCUAGGGGCGGACGAGUCCCUGCUGCACCGCCUCUACGGCUUCUUGCAGAGCAGCGGCAGCCUCAACCCGUUGUUGGCCAGCUUCUUCAGCAAGGUCAUGGGCGUCCUCAUCAACCGCAAGACUGACCAGCUCGUGUCCUUCCUGCGGAAGAAGGACGACUUCGUGGACCUGCUGCUGCAGCACAUCGGCACCUCGGCCAUCAUGGACCUGCUGCUGCGCCUCCUCACCUGCGUGGAACGGCCGCAGUUGAGGCAGGACGUGGUCAAUUGGCUCAACGAGGAGAAGAUCGUCCAGAGGCUCAUCGAGCAGAUCCACCCGUCGAAGGACGACAAUCAACAUUCCAACGCGUCCCAGUCCCUGUGCGACAUCAUCCGCCUGAGCCGGGAGCAGAUGAUCCAAGUGCAGGACAGCCCAGAGCCCGACCAGCUGCUGACCACCCUGGAGAAGCAGGAGACCAUUGAGCAGCUCCUGAGCAACAUGCUGGAGGGGGAGCGCAACCCAUCCGUCCUCGUGAGUGGGAUCCAGGUGCUGCUGACGCUACUGGAGCCCAGGAGGCCCAGGUCUGAGUCUGUGACCGUGAACAACUUCUUCAGCAGCGUGGAUGGGCAGCUGGAGCUCCUGGCCCAGGCAACCCUGGAUGGCGCCGUGUCCAGUGCGGGGGCCCUGCACGCCCUGCGCCCGCGUCUUAGCUGCUUCCACCAGCUCCUGCUGGAGCCGCCUGAGCUGGAGCCGCUGCGCACGACGUGGGGUAGCCUGGCCCCACCCCUGGGCAACACGAGAUUGCAUGUGGUCAAGCUGCUGGCCAGCGCCCUGAGCGCCAAUGAUGCUGCCCUGACCCAGGAGCUCCUGGCCCUGGAUGUGCCCAACACCAUGCUGGACCUCUUCUUCCACUACGUGUUCAACAACUUCUUGCAUGCCCAAGUGGAGGUGUGCGUGAGCACGAUGCUGAGCUCUGGGCCCCCUGCUGACAGCGGCUCAGACAUACCCUCGGAGAACCCUGUCGUGAAACACCUGCUGCAGCGCUGCCGCCUGGUGGAGCGCAUCCUGACCUCCUGGGAGGAGAACGACCGCGUGCAGUCCGCAGGGGGCCCUCGGAAAGGCUACAUGGGCCAUUUGACGAGCGUGGCCAACGCCCUGGUGCAGAACUCGGAGAAGGGGCCCAAUGCAGAGCAGCUGCAGCAGCUCCUGAAGGAGCUGCCGCAGGAGCAGCGGGAGCGCUGGGAGGCCUUCGUGUCGGGCCCCCUGGCGGAGACCAACAAAAAGAACACGGUAGACCUGGUGAACACGCACCACCUGCACUCCUCCAGCGACGACGAGGAUGACAGGCUCAAGGAGUUCAACUUCCCGGAGGAGGCGGUGCUGCAGCAGGCCUUCAUGGACUUCCAGAUGCAGCGCAUGACCUCGGCCUUCAUCGACCACUUCGGCUUCAACGACGAGGAGUUCGGGGAGCAGGAGGAGAGUGUGAAUGCGCCUUUCGACAAGACGGCCAGCAUCACCUUCUCCCUGAGCGCAGACGAUGACAACCCCAACGCCAACCUACUGGAGAUCUGCUACAAGGACCGCAUCCAGCAGUUCGACGAUGACGAGGAGGAGGACGAGGAGGAGGGCCAGGGCUCUGGGGAGUCUGACGGGGAGGACAGUGCCUGGCAGGGCGGCCAGCUGGCCAGGGCGGGCCGCCUGGGCCAGCCCUCGGGCGUGCGGAGCCGGGGCAGCACGGACAGCGAGGAGGAGGACGACGACGAGGACGAAGACGAGGACGGCCAGGCCCGCGGCAGGCCCGGGCCCCCCUGCUACCCCAGCACCGGCCGCCAGCCUCCGGGCCCCAGCUGGACAGCUGCUUUUGACCCAGUGCCUACGGAUGGCCCGGCCGGCCCCCAGGACUGCAGGGACAGGGAGCCCCGCGGGGAGCAUCUGGACCUCCCGGCCCCGAGCCCGGCUGGCCCUGCGACCCCCAGCACCCUGCAGCUCAGGCUCCUCCUCUUGCCUGCUAGGUCUCAGGAUCCCGCCCCCCACUCCGCACCUCAGGAAGCCACAGACGGCAGCAAAGCAGCGGAGCCCGCGGCCCCCUGCCAGGCCCUGCUCAGCGUCGGGGACCUCCAGGCCGGCCUCAGAGGGACGCGCUCCACCCCUAGCUCCUUGGACAGUGCAACCAGAGACCCUGCUACCUCUGUCCCGGCCCCCGGGGCCCACCAGCCCCCCCAGCCCCCAGAGGGGGAGAAGAGCCCAGAGUCCUCGGGGCUUCCCCAAAGCCAGAGUGCCCUGGUCCUCCAGCCGCUCCCGAUGCCCAACGGCUCUGCCCCAGGAGGCCCGGCAGCCCCGGGCUCCCAGUGACUGCCUGGUCCGGUGGUGGUGGCCGCACGCUCCGUGCUCUGCGUCGACCCUGUCCGGGUGAGGGCCGGGCAGGUGCCGCAGAGGCCCUGUCGCCCAUCACCCACCCCGCCCUACACAUGUCCCCGCUGGAGUCCAGGAGGCCGGCGCCCAGGAGACAGCCCCCACCCCCCAUUGCACUGAGGAAAGAGAUUACGGGAGUUUUGUCUCCUAGAGUAAAGAUAGAGUGGGCUAGAGAGAGGAGAGAGCGCGCGCGAGAGAGACCUAUAUUAUAUAUUAUAUAUAUAUAUAUAUAUAUAUGUGUGUGUAUGUAUCUGGAGGGAGCAGAGUGGGCACGUGGGGAGCCAGGAAGAACCCAGGGCUGGGCGGCAGUGGCGAGGCCUUCACCCGGGCCCACUGGGGCUGCCGUGGGGGGUGCCAAGGUGACCACCACUCUCCCGUCCAGCCAUGCCCCCAUCCUGCGGUGCAGACGCCCACACCCACACUCGGCCUUUCAGCUCAGGUCCACCUUGGGGGAGGGCCCGAGUGGGGGGCCGUGCCUUUGCCCAGCCCCCUUGCCCCGGACCCUGCACUUUGACCCAGGCUGGGAGCUUCACCCGGCCCAGCCAGCUCUGUGGGAGGGAGCUGGGUUCCUGGUCCCAGGGGCCGUCCCUGGUGACAUUGCCCCAGGACCCUGCCGCACUCACUGAGACCUCCAUCUCCCACCGACCCCGGGCGGGGAUCUGGCUGGGGUCCCACUCCUCCUCCCGAGGGUCUGGGUGCAGCCCAGCUGCCAAGUGCCCUUGUCCCAGCCCCUCUCCCCAGGCGGGCGUGAGUGUGCGCGUGUGUUCGUGCGGAGCUUCUGUUUCAUAUCGCAAACGUAAACAAAUAAAGGAGGACAGUUUAAGACUC